AUGCACACACGAACCGAUGGAGCGCUGCGGCGCCAACGCUAUGUCCUCGAGCGGCUAUGGAUCCAGGGUGUCCUCGACCGGUCGGCUCACGUCGUUCGUGACAACUUUGAGGUGGGUGGCAGCUUAGAGGGGAACGGAUUGGACGGUGAGGUAGGACCGAUGGUAUCCUCUCCCGCCAUCGCCAGUGAUGGAGACCAUGUUUCAGAGGAUUGCAAGGUUAUGACAGUGAUUCAAGUUCCCAGCGAUGGCUGCUUGGAAGGUGGUGGAGGAUUUCAAGCUCAGCAUGCCUUUCAGGAACGAUGCUCAGAUCGAGAUGAAGAUGCCCUCCAGGAUUUCUGUGUCCGCGACGGAAACAGCAACACCAUCGUCAAUGGAUUCACUUGCAAGCCUGCUGCGGCAACUCUGGCCAGUGAUUUCAUGUUCCAGGGACUCCGGAACCCCGGGAACACCAACAACAAGCUCGGAUCCAUAGUCACCAAUGCAAAUGUUGGCGUAUUCCCGGGAAUCAACACUCUUGGAGUCUCUUUUGCGAGGAUUGAUUAUGCUCCAUACGGUGUCAAUCCCCCUCACGUCCACCCCCGAGGAACCGAGCUCCUCUUCCUCCAGCAAGGAACACUCUAUGUUGGAUUCGUGAGCACCACCAACAACACACUCUUCGCUCAAACUUUGCAUCCAGGAGAUCUCUUUGUGUUUCCGCGUGGUCUCAUUCACUUCCAGCUCAACGUUGGGAAGACACCGGCUGUUGCUCUUGCAGGAUUCAACUCCCAGAAUCCUGGUGUCACUCAGGUAGCCAAAGCCGUGUUUGCAUCCAAUCCUCCCAUUUAUGACGCUGUCAUCGAGAGGGCAUUCCAGAUCAAUCCCAAGCUCAUCCAGCAGCUCAGGGACCUCAUCAAGCAAACUUAA